AUGGAAGCUGGCCAGGCAGGCCAUCAACAAUGGCUGCAACAGGAACUGCGCAAGCUGCCUACCUCGGAAAUGCAGAGCAUCAGCAUUUGGCUGCAACAGGUGCUGCAGGCUCGCCUCCAGGGUGAGGCCGGCCCGGGCUCCGCAAACGCCGAGGCAGCUACUGCUCCUACACCGGCGGUGGCCAGCGCCGAGCCCCGUGAGAAGCCUCCGGCGUCCGGCCGAGCCCCGAACGGUGCCGGCAUCGGGGAAGCAGCCCAGAAAGAGACGAGCCGAGACACAGCUAGUACGAAAGAGCCUGCCAAGGUGACGCAUGUCCCCAUGCAGGUAGAUCCUGCGAAAUCAGAAGGAAGGCAGACUGCCGACAUUCAGAGCAGCGCGAACACACAGAGCCAAGACUCCAGGGAGAGGACCAAAGAGGCGAAGGAUCGCAGCUCCAAGGAGCCAGAGGCCAAGAGCACAACGGACACCAAGAAGGAGUUGCCGGCUUCUACACCAUCGGCCCUCAAUGGAACCUC